UUGUGCACCUGUACACGACUCUUCACAGCUUUAGUUCCUCCAAUGUGUGCUUUUCCUUUGGCAUCAAGAAACCAAUCGUUUAAAGUCCACGCUAAUGCCACAGACAUGUUAGCCUAGCUAUAACCUUUUGUCGUAAGAUUAAGACAGCAGUGGACCGAUCGGAAAGCUCGAUCGCUAAUCUUCCCCUCUUCACCAUACUCGAUGAGGAGCGGCCACGGUGACGGGGAGGAUGGGGAUUAUGCGUGCAUCUCUUGUGUUACCAACUCCACUGGAAGCCACCCGACGGAGCUGCUGAACGGGUUAGGCUACGGCCUCGGCAUUUCCCUCAUGAUGAUGCUGGUGCUCACGGCCGUACUCGCGGCCUACUUCUGCGCCCGAAGAAGUAACGUGGCCACGAAUCCGCAGUCAGGGAAUGAAGCCGCGGCGCCUGCCGAUGUCGAGGCCGGCAUCGACGAGGCGACGCUGAUGCUCUACCCGAAGAUGGCGUACUCGCAAGCUAAGCUGGAAAUGAAGGGCACCGCCGCGACGUGCUGUUCCAUAUGCUUGGCCGACUACCAGGGCACGGACGUGCUGCGGCUGCUGCCGGAGUGCGGGCACCUCUUCCACCUCGACUGCGUCGACCCGUGGCUGAAGUCGCACCCGUCGUGCCCCAUGUGCCGCUCUUUACAGGUGCCCACCCCCAUUGCCACGCCUAUGGCGGAGGUUUGUCAUUAACGCUGCCAAUACAGUCGCAGUGAAUGUAUCUUAGAUAAACAUUAUUUGAUACUAAUAUUAGUAUAAAAUCU